AGCUAUUACAGUCUAACAACAGUGACCAAUAGAAAGAGAAGAAGAUCCAAGAAAGCUGAGGACAGGAAGAAAACACAGUGGUUAGCAGCCAAAGGCUGCGAAUUUGCAGUGAUUUCUAACUGACUUCAGAUAGCUCCAGGAUCUUGACUAACAAGGCAAACAAUGACUCUAAAAGUCUGUACAAGCCUUUUACUCUUAUUCUUGGUCAAUUCUGUGUGGACUCGAACUGUGAGACAAGUUUAUGAUGAGAUGGAUCCUGAACAUUGGUCUCGCUACACUUUUGAGUGUCCACAAGAGUGCUUUUGUCCUCCUAGCUUCCCCAAUGCAUUAUACUGUGAUAACAAAGGCCUUAAAGAAAUACCUGCAAUCCCAGCAAGAAUCUGGUACCUCUAUCUUCAAAACAAUCUAAUUGAAAACAUUUCAGAGAAGCCUUUUGUGAAUGCCACUCAUCUGAGAUGGAUAAAUCUGAACAAGAAUAAGAUCACCAACAGUGGAAUUGAGAGUGGUGUGCUGAGCAAGCUGAAAAGGUUACUUUACUUAUUCCUUGAAGACAAUGAAUUGGAAGAGGUGCCUGCCCCAUUACCAGUGGGUCUGGAACAGCUAAGACUGGCUAGAAACAAAAUCUCCAGAAUCCCAGAAGGAGUCUUCAGCAACUUGGAAAACCUUACUAUGUUAGAUCUGCACCAGAACAGUUUGUUGGACAGCGCUCUUCAAAGUGACACCUUCCAAGGACUCAACAAUCUCAUGCAACUCAAUAUAGCAAAAAAUUCCCUGAAGAAAAUGCCUUUGAGCAUUCCAGCUAACACACUGCAGCUGUUUUUGGACAACAACUCAAUUGAAGUGAUACCAGAAAACUACUUCAGUGCAAUACCCAAAGUGACUUUCCUUAGGCUGAACUACAAUAAAUUAUCUGAUGAUGGUAUUCCCCCAAAUGGGUUUAAUGUUUCAUCUAUUCUAGACCUACAGCUGUCUCACAACCAGCUCACUAAAAUUCCACCGAUCAAUGCUCAUCUCGAGCACCUUCACCUUGACCACAACAGAAUCAAAAGUGUCAAUGGUACUCAAAUAUGCCCAGUCUCAAUUGCUGUAGCAGAAGACUAUGGUUUUCAUGGCAACAUCCCUCGCCUUCGCUACCUUCGCCUGGAUGGAAAUGAAAUUCAGCCUCCAAUUCCAUUGGAUGUCAUGAUAUGUUUCCGACUACUUCAAGCUGUUGUCAUAUAAAGCUAUUACAGUGUCACUCUUGUGCUAUGAGAGUGCUAAAAUACAAGUUUUGCUGGAAACAAACUUGUUCUAACUCAUAAGUUGAGAAGUAACAACUUUAUUUUUACUUUAUUUUUUUCUUUGCUUGCAUCUUUUCUACAGUUGCAAAGAUUUUUCUUCUUCCAGAAGAUAUUUUGGAUGAACAUGAAACAUGUGCUUAACACUUUACCUAAGAAUUCCUAACGCAAAUGUAUUGAAAAUCAUCUGUGUAAGAUCCCAAAAAUUCCAAAGCAAAUUCUUGACUACUGUUUAUUGUCAAAUGCUACAAUGUCUAUCUCGUUAACAUCAUUGCUACAGAA